AUGCAGACUGCUUCUACAAACAUUUGUGAAAGAAUGGCAAUAAGUCCAUCUGUGAAAUUUCCUUGCUUCUAAAUAUUUCAUGGUCAACUGUUAGUGGUAUUAUAACAAAGCAGAAGCAACUGGGAACAACAGCAACUCAGCCACAAAGAGGUGGGCCGCGUAAAAUGACUGAGCGGGGUCAGCGCAUGCUGAAGCGCACAGUGUGCAGAAGUCGCCAGCUGACUAAACUAAAGACCUCCAAACUUCGUAUGACCUUCAGAUUAGCACAACAGUGCGUAGAGAGCUUCAUGGAAUGGGUUUCCACGGCCAAGCAGCUGCAUCCAUGCCUUACAUCACCAAGUGCAAUGCAAAGAGUCGGAUGCAGCGGUGUAAAGCACGUCGCCACUGCACUCUUG